AGUGGUUCUGAAAAAAAUCACCGUAAAAUUAGACUCGCUGUUAUUUCACACAUGACCAAAAAUACAAAAGAAUGCGAGAAACUUUUGGCAAAAGAUUUUGUUUGUGUGACACAAUAUGUUAAACAGUCACAGAUGAAGUACGUGGGUCACUGUGCUACGGAAAUUGAGUUUAAAUCUACCGCAAAUAUGUUAGGACUUGAUAUAUAUGUAUUUAAUGGCACACAGUGGACCAAAUAUAAUUCAAAUAGUAGUCAUUUGACCAAUGAAGCUAUAUAUUUGCAGAACUGUGAUGAGCAUUUUGAUGUCGCUAUUUGUGUAAAGCAAGGUGAUAAAGACUCUUGCUUUGAACUUUGUGGAGAAAAUCUUUCGUUAAAGAAACACCACAUGCGUACAAGAUCUCCACAAAUCCAGAAAAAUGCUAAGCAAACUGUUUAUAGCGGUAAAACAAAUUACAGUUUUUCUAUGUACUUGAGACAAAAAAAGAAUCAGAGAAAUACCACUAAAUAUAGAACUAAAAUGGUAUAUAGGCAAAAUAUUAAAUUUAAUAAAACAAAUACAUAUAAGAAAAAUUUGCUGUACAAGGAACAAAAAAAAAUAUGGAUUAGAAAUAAAUAUCGUCAAGAUGAGACUUAUCAAAAAAGGCUUUUGGAAAUCAGCAAAAGUAGAUAUAAGGAAAAUAAAUGUCAUCGUGAAAAAGUGAAGGAGAUUAGCUUUAUUAAAUAUAAUCAAAACAUAUCUCAUCGCGAAAAACGGAAGCAGAUGAGCAUUGCUAAAUAUCGAGAAAACGAAAGCCAUCGUGAAAAAGUAAAGCAGAUUAGCAUUGCUAAAUAUCGUGAUGACAAAUCUCACAGAGAUAAAGUUAAACACUUAAGUAGAAAGCAAUACCUUAAUCCACAACAUAAGAGCCACAUAAUAUCAAAUGUAGAGCUAAAAAGACAGGAGGUUAAAAUAAAGUCAAAGGAGUUUGAUUUUGUUGUUGCGCAAUUUUUGGACAAAGUAAAAGAGGGGCCCAAUUUUGUUUGUUGUGUAUGCUUUCGGUUGUUAUUCAAACAUCAGGUGUUGAAUUGUCGCAAAGAUUCAUACAGGAAAACUAAAGAAAUGUCUUUAAUAGCAGAUAAAUGUAUAAGUGAUGAUUAUGUGCAUAUAUGUAACGAUGCGUGCAUAACACCAUGCAAUCUCAAAACCUGUCGAAAUAAGUUGUAUAUCUGUUACUGUUGUCAUCACAAAAUUAGCAAAGGUCAAAUGCCCCCAGAAAGUUCAUGCAAUAAUUUGACUGUUGAUGACAUCCCUCCUCAGUUGGCAUGCUUGAAUACUUUGGAGCAACAUUUAAUAGCUUUACAUAUUCCGUUUAUGAAAAUGUUGGCUUUACCAAAAGGUGGACAAAAUGGAGUGCACGGUCCAGUUACUUGCGUGCCAGCAAAUGUUGUUGAAACGUGCAGUUUACUACCAAGAAAAAUAUUAAUACCAGAAAAGGACAAGUUUCCUAAAGUGGUCUAUGUUAAAUUUGAUGAUGAACGUGUAGGCAUGCAGAAGAGGAAGAGCUGUCACUAUCCAUCAUCAGAUUUGGCUGGAUCCACACCCAUUGGACCUGAGGAGGAACGAGCCACUGUUAAAGGUGUUGCUGAUCCGUUGCUUUGGAGCGCAGAGUAUUUGAACCUGACUAUCUCCACCUUCUGUGUCGCCAUCGGCUUCCAAUCUGCCACUUGA